UCGCUAAUCCCCCGGGUUAGCAGAGGGGAGGGAUGGCUCCUGGUACAGGUAACGGAUAUACUCAGUGCACUUGGGCUAUAAAAGAGCGAACUGGAAACGCUGGACUGUCCAGUCUUGGUUUCGGACAGCGUUUGUCACAAUAUGCUAAUCGUUCGCUAUCUAAUUGCCCUCGUCUUCUCCAUCUUCAUGAUGGCCACCUCGCUGAAGAUCGAAGAGCGCCACCGCAGAGGCAAUGGCUUCAAGAUCUCCACCCCGGAUCGACUCGUUCUCCAAAUGAAGCAGCGCCAGUCCAUUGGCAAAUAUCAGGCCAAGAACUUGGAGGCGAGACGCCUGAAUAUCUGACAAUAUACGAGCCAGAUAAAUGUGAUAAGGAUGUACAGAUCCGAAGGCGGAUCGUUAAUUGUAAUUGUAAUCAAUUAUAUUCGAUUGAAUGGAGUGAUAAAACAGAAGAGUUCUUCAAGAUCUAUGCAAGUUCAGCGGAAAACUAAAGGAGAAACCGCCUAAGAGGCAAACCAUAUCCAUAUUCAAAACAUAUAGAAAGUGAUUUAUGAAAAAAGUUAGAUAUAAGAAUAACAAACUGAGAUACAUGAAAUAUUUCUUACAAAUUGAAUCAAUUCUAAAACUUUA